CGUAGCGCGACUGUGGAAGGGGCCGCUCCGUCUCCGCAUCACUCAUCAGUCAACACUGCCAUUUUGGCGGCAAAAUUCCUCCAUUUUUGCGGAAGCUUGGGACCUUCCAUUUCUCUCUGGAUCUGGUUUUUCAUUGGGAAAGAAGCUUUUUUCAGGGAGUGAAAGGACGAUUUUCAUGGAAGGAAGUAAAGGCGAGGAGGUAUUCGAUUCAUUGAAUCUGAAUCCACAGCUCUUCAUUAAUGAAGCUCUCAAUAUUGUCGACGAUUUGGUUGAUGACGCUUUCGAUUUUUAUCAGACACAAGCAUCGGCCUCCUUGAAGACCGAGGGCUCGGAUAGAUCCCAAGAUCUUAUCCUGGGAAUAUCGCGGGUCCGAACGUUCGUCCAAUCGGGUCUGGAUAAGCGGUUGGCCAUGUGGGAGAAAUACUGUCUCAAUCACUGUUUUUCAGUCCCUGAAGGUUUUUCUUUACCCUCAAAUGAUGAAUCACCUGUUGUCACUUCAGUAAGUCGUGACUGCCUCUAUGAUGUGGAUCUGGAUACAGAGUUAGAUUUUUUGAGGAAUAAGCUCUCUGAGGUCAGAAAAGAGAAUAUUGUAUUGAACCAAGAACUACAAGCUUUAGAAAGACAAGCUGCUUCCAGUAACUCCCAAGUCAAUCGUUUCAACGAAGCCUUACAAUUAUAUGAGAGAAAUUCUGUGAAUGAGAUGUUCCAGGAAAUGAUGGGAACUGCAUCUGAGCUGCGAGCGAAAAUAGGAAAGCUGAAGAAAAGGAGGAUGGAGGAAUCCAAGCUCACUAAAGUAGAGAAGAUUCAUACAAACGGAGAUGCCUCUCACCAUCACAAGGGUUUCUCUAACGCUAAGCUGGAUGACAUUCAAGAAUUUUUAGCUGAUUUGAAGGCCCUUUGAACUCAUUUCAUUAUGAUAUCAACCUUACUGUAUAUGAUGCGUGCUAUGAAACUUGUCACUAUGAGUUCUUCAAUGUUUUAACUUGAUUUGUCUGUGAGAUAUUCUAAACCGAAUUUGUAUAAUAUGUCAUCUGGAUUCAUAACUC